UCUGAUCGACCGGUUAGGCUUGCUAGUACCGCUUCUACUGCCUUUCGCCCAUAUACUCGAAGAAAAAUGGAAUAUCAGGCUGGUUGCUUCACUUGUGAGUCUCUCUGUUACUUGCGUGCUUUAUGGGUUUGCUGUGCUGGAGUCGCAAUGCCUCGGCGCAAGUCUCGCUUUCAAGACAUAAUCCCCAUAUUAUUCUCUCUUUUUUCUUUUUUCUUUUUUCUUUUUUUUUUUUUUUUGGUUUUUAAAGCAGAUCUUCCGCUCUGCGGCAUUCAGCUAUUUCCUAUUCCACUUCAUUGUGAUGCGCUUUGCCUUAACUAUUAAGCUCAAUGCUAACAUUACUGUCAGGUGGCGAUUCGGCCCACCAGGUUAAUAUGAUGCGUGCUCCGCCCGCGACUGCCCCAAGAAAGGUUCUGUUAUCUGCUACAACUGCGGUGGUAUGUCAGGAUAUCGCGUCACCAUUGACAGCUGAAAGCCGCGAUUGCAAUGAACCCGCAAAGGAAAAGUCCUGCUACCGCUGCGGCUUGACAGGUCACAUUUCGCGUGACUGCCCUCAGGCAGGCGAAUCCGGAGGCGCCAGAGGUCAAGAAUGCUACAAGUGUGGCCAAGUCGGACAUAUUUCUCGUGAAUGCCCCCAGGGAGGCGAGUCCGGAGAGGCCAGAGGCCAAGAAUGCUACAAAUGUGGCCAAGUCGGUCAUAUUUCCCGUAACUGCGGCCAGUACUCUGGAUACAAUGGUGGUGGCUACAACGCUGGCUCGUACCGCUACGGUAACCGUCCUCUGACUUGCUACUCUUGCGGAGGGUAUGGCCACAGGGCUCGCGACUGUACCCAAGGACAGAAGUGCUACAAUUGUGGUGAGACUGGCCAUGUCUCUCGCGACUGCACCACCGAGGGCAAAGGCGAACGUGUCUGCUACAAAUGCAAGCAGCCCGGUCACGUCCAAGCCGCCUGCCCCAACUAGACCGGCGACAUUUCGGUUCGAAAUCUAGCAUAGGAGCACGUAACAAAUUGAAUCUUGGUCAUGACACGACUCACCCGUCCCCUUAACACAUACUUUUUUCGGACUUACAAGCAACGACCAUAAAAAGCGUGCGUCAUGACCCCCUCACUCUAUCCAACUGAUCGCGGAAACGUUGUAUCUUCCUUUUGCGACAAAAAACAAAACGUCUAUGAAGUCCCUCGCGUGCGCUCCUCCUCGCCGUUCAAAUAUAACUUCUGUGACCCAAGCAUCCUCGGGAAUAGGUAUGGGAGAGUGCUUUUUGAUUGCAGGCGCACAGGCUACUGAGAAGAGGAAAAAAAAAAACCAAAGGUUUCAUGGGGAAUAAAAAGUGAUUGUGCAAACGGUGUUCUUCAAAUGGGAAAUUCAGUUGGGAGACUUGGGGAUCAGUUGUUUGAGAAUUCUACGGAAUCAAAUGAUACCAGAGUCUCGGAUUCCUCUUUUCCAAAUGUCUGCUUGCAUAGU